CAGUACUCAUUGGAGGCGAGGGAGCAGAGGGGGCUGGCAUGUUCCUGUCGCCUUGUGGAUCUAUUGGUUGGACGGCCUGCCUAUCGACGCUCGGCACGCCUCAUCCGCUGGCCGGGGGAGAUCGGUUUGUGAGACCCAGCUGGGUAAAUUCACUCGGCAGGAAAGAAACACCUUAUUCAAUGGACAUCGGAUUGCAAAGGAUGAUGCAGCAAUAGACUGAACCUCCCCGUUCUGCUCCUUGGCAUGGACCUUGGCCAACAGUCACCAAAAUAAUACUUUUCGGAGUGUCGGAAGAGAUAAAGCAAUACCUCCAAAAAAUUAGCAAGACUUUGAAUUGCGUAAACUCAACUCUAGACAUGGCCAAUGAAGAGAAGCACCCCGAUUCCUGGCCAGAAGGGCUGCACCCGAAGAGCCCUCCUUAUUCUCUCCACUCAGGACUGGAGCUCACCAAGACUCCCGCGGUCUCGAACCACAAGCUGGUGAUCCUGACAGUGGGUGCCAUCGCUGCUCUUUCCAUCAGCAUCGUUGGGAUCCUCGUGGCGACUUUCCUGGGGCGAACCUCUUGUCUCCAGAGAGGCGCCAUUGCCUACCCUGCACAAGUCAACGUCCAAAACGAAGCAUCCCUGCUCCUGGCUCUCAGCGAGCUCGACGAACAGGGCCUCUCGCCCGGCAUUACCUGCGAUUUGAGAAACCGCUUGAUGGUGUAUCACGGCCAGCCGGAGGGGUGUGUGACCCGCAAAAUGGACCCCUCUGAACUGCUGCCGUCCUGCCAAGAGCUGGAAAGUUUCUUCCAAGCUGUCCUGAAAAACGUCACUCUGGGGAUCACCGCGGAGGUACAGAUGAUGGGAACGGGGGCCCUGGGAGGCCUGGUCACUUUGCUGUGCAGCAACAAGCCAACAUACCUGGUUGGAAGCUCAGCAUUGGCUUCUCCGAGAACCAGAGCUACUUAGGAAAGAGAUCCCCUUAUUCCUUCCUGCUAAAAUCUUCCCUUGCCACGGAAGAGGCCACGAGACGGCUGCAUGGCUGUGGAAGAAGACAAGCCACAAGCCACGAGACCGUCUUCCACCCCCCUCGCUGAAUUUGUAGCACUUAAUAAAGAAGAGAGAACGCGGAAGUCUUUGGUCUGGAUAAUUCAGUUCAGAAAAACCCUCUGCAUUUCCAAAGUUCCCAACUCUUUUAAGAACACGGGAAGGACGGAGGGGGCCAGAAGCGUCUCAUUCACAGCCACCAAUCUUUAAAAUGUUGAACUAAAAAUAGGAGCCGGGGAUGGUUGCAGCAAACUUAACAAAGCUUAAUCACAGGCACUAGGGAUUGUUCACCUCGUCGGACGCAAUUCCAGGCACCUUCUGAUGUUCCUGCAACCCACCAUAGAGAGAGAGAUACUCGCUGGUGUAAGUGAUGCAGUGCUUUACAAUCGGCAGUAAUCAUAGUUCUAGGAGAGGGCUGUUUCCAUGUGUUGCUAGAAUCCUCUCCGGGAGCAUCUAACGGACAAAGAUGCAGAAGCCUGGGGAGAAAUAAGAUCUGGAUGGAGGCUUAGGAGUUGGGCAUUCUC